UCGGCAGCCGAUUAGUUCGGUCUGUUUUCUCCCGUGUGUUCUGUGUUGACGCUUGUUAGCAUCUGCCUGCCGCUGUUUCUCCGUCACGUUUCUGCAACGUUUUACCACCAGGGAACCGGCGAAAAUAUUAACCGACCUCUCUGCUGGAUAAAUAAACGCCGAGCCCGGCAGGAACCAUGUCCACCGCUCUGGAGAGCUACAUCAACCGUACCGUUGCCAUCGUCACCUCAGACGGCAGGAUGAUUGUGGGAACUCUGAAGGGCUUCGAUCAGACCAUCAACCUGAUCCUGGAUGAGAGCCACGAGCGGGUGUUCAGCUCCAGUCAGGGCGUGGAGCAGGUGGUGCUGGGACUCUACAUCGUCAGAGGAGACAACGUGGCUGUGAUCGGGGAGAUCGACGAGGACACAGACUCCACUCUGGAUUUAGGAAACAUCAGAGCCGAGCCACUCAACUCCAUCGUCCACUAGCCUCUAACA